AUGCUGCUGGAACCGGUUUAUCGCGACUUUUUGACUCUGAAUGGCCUCACGCGCCGCUCCGUCGACAAGUGCAAGCCCUGUGGAACAUCGGCUCCGCCAUGUCCCUCCUGUCCCGAGGGCACGCAGUGCCAAAUGAUCACUCAAACAUGCAACCAAUGUGCGAGCACGUAUUGCCAAAAGAUCCCUGGAUCCGAUACAUCCUCAGGCAGCUCUUCAGACUCAGGCAGCAGCGGUGGUGGCUCUGAUACCGGAGCCAUUGCUGGCGGUGUGGUUGCAGGCGUGGCCGCCGUGGGUAUCAUCGUGUUUCUGAUCUGGUGGUUUGUCAUCCGCAAGAAGCGCCAGGAGCGCGAGGCGGAAAAGAACAGCGACUUCGACGCCCGACGGGAUCAGCGCAAGUCUGUGCAGUCGAUCGCUUCGACUGUUCUCACGCGCGCCUCGAACGUCAUCCAGAUCGCCUACAUCCCCGGUGUCACCAACCGCUCUCCACCCGAGACGCCGUCCUCGCUCGUGCCUCCGGUGCCGCCACUGCCCGGUGCCACACCCGACCAGCACUUCUUCAUGCCCGGUGAUCUGCGCGACUCGGCCUGGACGCAAGCCACCGGCCACCAGAGUUUCUCUCCGACUCUGCGCAGCAGUGUCGCCACGACCAUCUAUCGCAGCGACGCCAUUGUCAGCGCACAGCCGGCCCAACAGGUCGCCCGCUCUCGUGCCAACGUGGUCAGCAUUCACACCGCGUCUAACCCCAGCACGCCAGGAUCGAACACACAAGGCAAUUUAGUGCCGGUGGUAGUGACACCGUCCGAUGCCCCCGCCGUGCCGGCCAUCACACCAGCUCAACUGGCCAAGGCCGGGGCAAUUGCUUCAUCCAACACUGUGGAAUCUGCCAAUACCUCGAGCAGCUCAAUCGUUGCGCGCUCUGUGGUGGCCAAGCCGGUGAUGGUGCGCGGCGCCUCGCUGAAGAAGAAAGGAAGCAAACCCGACACGAACCACAGCGCCACGACCGAAGCGUCCAGCGGUGUCGUGUCCGGUGCCAGCUCUCCCGACAGCCGCCAAUUCACUCACGACACUUCCACCUUUGAUGGCAAUUCUUCCGAUGAAGAUAAUAGCUACGGCGCCCAACCACCCACUCACUCCCCCUCUCCCGCGCACCCCACGAUCCCUGAACUCGAGGCUACAGACGCUGGUCCCUUUCGUGACCAGGCCUCCACAAUGGAGGCCACGUCCUCGGGCCUGAAGCGUCAGAGCGGAUCGACACUAGGUCACCGCCACCGACACAGCGCGAGCUCAAGCCGAAACAACCAGCCCGCCCUAAACCGAGUCGAAAGUCCCUUCUCCGACGCGAAUGAGGUCUCAUGA